AUGACACUUGUUGAGCACCCAGCCUUUCACUCAAGCUAUUUCAGGGAUGAUUUGACAGGUUUCAUAAAAAAUGAUUGGAGAAUUACCCAAAAAGGGACAGACACGUCUAUACUUUUUCUCAAGCAAAGUAUACCAAAUCUAUCAAAUAACGAAGGUGGUGGUGGUGAUGAUGAUGUUAGUAUUGAAGCAGAAUAA